AAGUUCACGAGCAAACCGCCAGCCGAAACCACCGAAACCUCGAAAGGAUUACCCACGAAGUCGGGCCCUGAGACGUCUACUCUGCUUUACCCGGUAGACUCUUGCGGCAAAGAUUCCAAGACGGACUCUCACGUAACUGGCGAAACCAGAAAUCGCGGCCCACAAAGUUAUUCUAUAUUGUAG